CGCGCAUUCUCAAGCACAGCGGUCGAACGUAUAACUACGCGGACGUUUUUUAAAAUUCGAACGUGAAUUUUCUAUAAUUCAACACAUAUUUCCGUUGACAGUUUUAUUAUUAUUUUUUUUUAAAUCGUUUGUGUUCAAAAUUCUUUGGAAACCAAAGUGACAAGGAUAUUAUUUGAUAGAAAUAAAAACUAUAAUUAUUGCAAAAGUGAAAGCUGUAACUGCGUGUUCUCCUACUAUUUUAUUGCUACUUCGACGACGUUUGAGAUAACAAGGAGGAAGGGAGGAGUAGACAUGAUAGUGUAACUCCUGAGGCCGCAGCAUGCUCUUGCCGUCAUCUGCAGUGCGAUGGCUCGCGUCCUUCAACGAUGGCGGGAUCGCCAACCAGUUCUUUAUGGCACUUAUGGUGACCAUCCCCGUGCUGAAUUUCGGCAUGCUUCUGGGUUGGCUGUCUCCGAUGACACCGAUUCUGCAAUCACCAGACGGGCCAGCACCAGAGCCCAUAUCAGACGAGGUCCUGUCAUGGAUGGCGGCCCUUACUUUCCUGCCACCAAUCUUCUGUGGCUUCCACAUGGGAGGGCUGAUAGAUAAAUGGGGCAGGAAAGUCUUCACUAUACUGACCUCGUUGUUUUUGGCGAUAGCAUCAGACAAAGUUCGUGGCGCGCUCGGUUCUCUAUUCAUCCUGGCGCAGAACAUGGGCUACUUGUUGAUUUAUAUCGCCGGAGACCUGCUGCCGUUCGCUGCUGUCAUGUGGAUGUGCGCCGCUGUGCCUGUACUGCACAUCCUAGCGUUCCUCCUGAUGCCGGAAACACCAGUGUUCCUGAUCAAACAGAACAAAAUUAAGGAAGCCCGCGAAGCAUUGGCUUGGUUGAGGAACACCACAGUAGACGACAAGAAUUUAGAGGAGGCUAUCAAGGAGUUAGAAAGGGAGGAAGAAUACACCAAAUCUAUGAAACAAGCCAACUUUAUGAGUUUGGACAUGUGGUUACCUUGUGGUGCUGACGUACGCUGGGUCCAUCUUCGAACGUGCAUCGGACUCCAUCAACCUGAAGCUGAGCCCCAACAAACAGACCAUAGUGGUUGGGACAUUGCAGUUUGUGGGGUCAAUCGUGGCCAGUUGUAUUGUCGAGAAGACGGGUCGGAAGUGGCUGCUGGCGAGCACGUCGCUGGUGACGGGCGUGUCGAUGCUGACGCUGGGCGCGUGGUUCCUGGUGACGUCAUCGGGCGCGUGGCUGCCGGGCUGGCUGCCGGCGCUGGCCAUGUGCACGUGCAUAUUCGCGGACGCGGCCGGCUUCCAACCAGUGCCUAUCGUGGUGUUGCGACAUCACUCAUCAUUUCUGCGACAGCGCUGAGCGACUUCAUCCAAACAAAGGCUUACGACCCCCUACUAAAGUUAUUGGGAAUCCAUUGGGUUUUCAUAAUAUUUUCAAUUAUCUGCUUCAUGGGUACAUUUUAUACAAUCAUAUGGGUGCCGGAAACUAAGGGAAGGACUGUGGAAGAAAUAUACGCCAUAUUGGAAGGAAAGAAAGAGACAAAAGAUGUGGAGACUUCACGGCAAGGCAAGGAAAUUAGUAGGUUAUGA